GCGGCCACGUUUCGCCUCGUCGGCUCCUCAACAUUGUGCUCCCCUUCUCCGCAACGCGCGUGACACACAGCGCGGUCAUGUCUCUUGGAAAAGUUGCCCGGAGUUUGUCGAGGCCGGUCGGCGGCGCGCUGCGCGCCUCGGCCUCCAGCCGGAGCUACUCGGCUGUGGCCGAAGCCCGGGCGGUGCUGGAGGGCGAGCUCGACGGCAUCCGAUCCGCGGGCACGUGGAAAGCGGAGCGGAUCAUCACGUCGAGCCAGGGACCUCGAAUCAACGUGGCCAGUAGCAGCGGCAGCAUAUUGAAUUUCUGCGCCAACAACUACCUCGGGCUGUCGAGUCACCCGGAGGUGGUGCAGGCCGGGAUCGACGCUCUGAAGACGCACGGUGCCGGGCUGAGCUCCGUCCGAUUCAUCUGCGGCACGCAGGAUCUGCACAAAAAUCUGGAGCAGAAGCUGGCGCAGUUUCACGAGCGGGAGGACUGCAUCCUCUACGCCAGCUGCUUCGACGCCAACGCCGGACUGUUUGAGGUUCUGUUGGGACCGGACGACGCUGUGCUGUCCGACGAGCUCAACCAUGCCUCCAUCAUCGACGGGAUCCGCCUGUGCCGAGCAAAGAGGCUCCGCUACAAGCACAUGGACCUCGAGAGCCUGGAGGCCAAGCUCAAAGAGUCUCAGUCCUCUCGCAUGCGCCUGGUCGUGACGGACGGUGUCUUCUCGAUGGACGGAGACGUGGCGCCGCUAUCGCAAAUCUGUGACCUGGCCGAGCGGUACGGCGCCAUGGUGUUCAUCGACGAAUGCCACGCCACCGGAUUCCUGGGGCCCCGAGGCAGAGGGACGGACGAGCUGCUGGGAGUGAUGGAGCGAGUGGACAUCAUCAACUCCACCCUGGGGAAAGCACUGGGAGGAGCCGCUGGUGGCUACACAGUCGGACCCAAGCCCCUCAUCGACCUGCUGCGGCAGCGCUCGCGGCCGUACCUGUUCUCCAACUCCCUCCCCCCUCCGGUGGUGGGAUGCGCCACUCGGGCUGUGGAGCUGCUGCUGGCCUCCAAUGAGAUCUCACAGAGCAUGGUGGCCAAAACCAUGAGAUUCAGGAACAAGAUGACGCAGGCCGGCUUCCCCAUCUGCCCCAGCGCUGGGCGGCUGGCCUCCGUGAUGGCCGACGACAUGCUGCAGCUCGGCGUCUACGUGAUCGGGUUCUCCUUCCCCGUCGUGCCAAAGGGCAAAGCCAGGAUCCGCGUCCAGAUUUCCGCGGCCCACACGGACGAGGACAUCGACCACUGUGUGGACGCCUUCAUCCAGACGGGCAGGAAGCACGGCGUCGUCUCCUGAGCGCAGGAAGCAGAACGAACGCCGGCGACGACGCGCCCGCUCGCGCUGCCGGUUCCUCGAGACCCAAGAAUGACGCUGCUGGAUAUGUUAGUUACAUUUGUAGGUCAAUGGAUGACGAUGUUAUUGAUGCCUUUGCUGAGCAGAAUAAAGCACUUUUCCUAACGUG